AUGUCCAACAAUCAGUCGCAGGAUGGGGCCGAUCUCCAACGUGUCAAUUCUUACCAAGUGAGAAUACACCAAGUGCUCGCUAGACCUCCAUGCUAAUCUACAGCAGUGGCCGUCCGGACACGUCGGACAACUGACGCCCAAGCAAACCGCCGCUCUCGACGACUUCAAGUCCCUCUGCCAAAGCAAAGGUUACUUCUCUCCUGGCGAUGACAAGACUCCCGCCUCCCACGACGACGAGACUCUCCUCCGCUACCUCCGCGCAAGGAAGUUCGCUCCGGAGGAUGCUUUUGGACAAUUCAAGGACACGGAAGAUUGGAGGCAAGAAAACAAGUUAGAGAGUCUCUACGAAACGAUCGAUGUAGACGAAUACGAGCAAACGAGGAGACUAUACCCUCAAUGGACUGGGAGGAGAGACAAGAGAGGGAUCCCCUUCUAUGUCUUCGAGGUCGCAAUUCUGGACCCGAAAGAGGUCACCGCAUACGAGAAGGACUCCGAUCGCAAAAAGACGAAAGACGGGAAAGAUCAGAUACCGUUGGUCUCCAAGGUCCCUAGGAAGAUGCUGCGUCUCUUCGCGCUUUAUGAGAACCUCUGUCGCUUUGUCUUGCCUCUCUGCUCCGCGAUCCCGGAUAGACCCCACGCUGAAACACCCAUCAGCCAGAGCUCGAACAUCGUCGACCUAAAUGGUGUAGGGUUCAAGCAGUUCUGGAACCUCCGUGCCCAUCUGCAGGACUCUUCACGCCUCGCGACUGCGCACUAUCCCGAGACUCUAGAUCGCAUCUUCGUUGUGGGCGCCCCAUCAUUCUUCUCCACGAUUUGGGACUUCGCAAAACGUUGGUUCGAUCCCAUCACAGUACAAAAGAUCUCGAUUCUGAACCAAACAAACACGCUCUCCACUCUCGAGAAAUUCGUGGACAUUAAAAACAUUCCUAAGAAAUACGGAGGACAGCUUGAGUGGAGUUUUGGCGAGAUGCCGAACCUAGAACCGGAAAUUGCCCGUGCGAUGCGUUGGAAGAGCAACUUGAAGAAUAAGGCGGGAUUCAGGACGCUACCGAUAGGGCCGAUCAUGUGGAGGUAUGAUGGAGAUGGAGAUCUCGUGGCGGUCGCUACUGGGACCGAGAACGGGAAGGUGAGGGAUGAGGUAUGUCUACUAUGUUUCCUUCUCCCGACUGUAACAUGCUUUCUGCGAGUGAGAUCUGGUUGUCUUGGCACGUUUCUCGAAGAAGCUCAAGACCUCAAGGCUCCACGGUCUGGACCUGCAGAUCCAUCUCUCUGCAGUUUGUGGGGCUAGCUAGUGCAAUCUGGUUGGAUCUCUUUACGACAAGGCUGAGCUCCCUGGCUAACGUCAUUUCUUCGCUUUCCUUUAGGCGCUCGCGGGGCUACAUCCUGAAGCUCACGUAGCUCGACUUGCUCUCUCUCCCGGGCGAAACCCACAAUCACAAUUAUUCGCUGUAGUUUCCGGUGCAGGUGCUACGACGGUAGCUUCUGAGGGCAAGCACAAGAAUACCACGACCGGAGGUACCACGACAGCUUCUCCCGAAACAACAACGAACGGCCAGAUGGCUGCGACUACAACGGCCGCGAAGGAUCAUGCCGAUCUCGACAUCGGCAAGAGUCCAGACUCCGCAGUUCAAAAUACAAGUCGUGCUGGUACCUACACCAUUCCUUCACCGGACGAGGAUGUUCGCCAAGGCACUUCUUCCACCAAACUUGAACAGCAGCGCAACACCCACGCCGUCGGAACUCUAGCGGAAGGGACGCCCGAAACUCGCGGCGCAUCAAACUCUCAGCAUGCUGUCAUGGAGCCGAGGACCGUUGGUCAGGCACCCAAAGAGACACCCUUGUACCGUGAAGAAGGGGAGGAUAAAACUCUAGUGGGGACAGCGCAGGAAUAUGCUGGACAGGCGGUGGAGACGGCGAAGCAGGUUCCUGCCAUGGCGAUGGGUGCUCUGGGUCUUGGGGAGAAGCAAGAAGCGCAAGAAGCGCAAGAGUCAAAGGAACCCGUCGUGGAGCCGAGAAUCGAUGGGAUGGAAAGCCAUCAGGUCGAGGAGUUUAUCCGGGCGAAGAAUAUGAGCCGCGAGGUGCAGGAUGGGGCGCAGAAGUGA